AUGCCGCCAACGCCGCCAAAAUCAUCUUCCUUCCUGAAAUUCCUGGUAAAAAUUGAAACUGAAUUUACUUGUGUCUACUUUCAGCUGCCAACGAAGCAACUGCCCCGGGAUGAUGUCGCAGAGAAACCAGUUAUCCCACGAUCUGUUAAUUCGCCUCAACGACGGCACGCAACAGAGCAACAGCACUCGUUCUCCGAGCUGCACUCACUGCGAUUCGCAAGUAACCCCCUCGGAAGUGCGGCAGAGAUCGCGGCACCUCGAACGCCAACACCGCCAUCAACUGAAACGCCGCUACCCCUGCAGGAUGAACGAAAGGCGGCAGCACGAUUCGGCCUGCCAGCCAAACAGCCCAGCGAAUCCCAAGAAAACGACGAGCGCGGUGCGGCCAGGAGAAGAGAGCGACAAGGAAACACGCGGUUCAAGUAG